AUGCAGCGGGUGCUGGCAGAGUCCUUGACUGACGGAGCCGUGCAGUACGGCAAGCGGUUUGCCGGCCUGGCCAUGGAGCCAGGGCCGGGCGGCGCCAGCCUCUUGACGUUUGAGGACGGCGACAGCGUGGCGGCGCGCGUGGUGGUGGGCGCCGAUGGGCUGCUGUCGCGGGUGCGGGAGGCGUGGCUUGGAGACGGCGGCCCGGCGUUUGACUCCAGGGUGAUAUUCAGGGGCAUGGCCGCAACCAAAGAUGUGGAGCGGCUGCCCGGGUGGGCGGACGUAGAUGCGCGCAUCAUCCCAACUGGGGCUGACGCCAUGAACAUGGUCUACAAGGUGGACAGCCGGCUGGGCUGCCCUGCCACCAACACCCCCAACCCACUCGCCGCACCCCCGCAGCUGCAUGGCGGCAUGACGGUGUGGGCUGUCAACAUGAGCUAUGAUGCUGCCAAGGAGUGCGGCGUCAGCUACUCGCCCUACGCCAAGGGCGCCGCCUCCCGAGCCUCCCUCAUGGAGCCGGAGGCGGCGGGGGCGGCCUGCAUGGCGGAGGCCAAAAAGCUUUGGGACCGCCUGCCGCCGGCGGUGCAACAGGUGUCGGGGGUGGGCGCAAACCUGGCGUUUGAGGACGCGGCGGUCCUGGCGCACCACCUGGCGGCCGUGGGGCCCUGCGAGGCGGCGCUGCGCGCCUACGAGGCGGACCGGCUGCCGCGGCUCAAGGCCAUAGCGGAGUUCAACAUCGACCUCAUGAACAAAAUCACAAAGGCGGCCGGGGAAGAGUACCUGCAGCUGAAGGAGCGCCAAACGGAGUUUGAGCGCACUGUCAUGUUCAAGUUUGACCACCCCUGCACACGCGGCGGCAGUAGCACCAGGGUCGGCACGGCGCUGGCCAUGUGA